GCGCGAUGGUCUGGAGGUAACAUUCAAGUGCUCCAGAGUGUGAGAAUGUCCACAGCACACCUCUUCAUCUCUGGGGUGAUCAUCCUCUCCACCCUGUCAGGAGCACAUGGAGAUGAUGGAUACUACACCUCCGUAGUGGACCAGUGCCGAUUCAGCUCUUCAAACCUGACAGAUCUGGAGUUCAUUAGGUCUUACUGGUUUAACAAGAUCCAGAUCAUAGUGUUCAACAGCACGGUGGGGAAGUUUGUGGGUUACACUUCGUUUGGGGUGCAUAAUGCAGAGAGAUGGAACAAGGACAAAGAGUAUCUGGGAGAGAUGCGUGCUGAGAAAGACAGAUCCUGCAAGCCCAAUGCUGAAAUGAAGAUUAAUAACAUACUGACCAAGGCAGUUGAGCCAGAGAUGAUGCUGAGGCUGACGAGAGCAUCCAGUGGUGGUCAACCUGCUGUGCUGAUGUGCAGUGCCUACAGCUUCUACCCAAUGGCCAUCAGAAUGACCUGGUACAGAGAUGAGCAGGAGGUGACCAGUGAGGUGGUAUCCAGUGUGGAGCUGGCGGAUGGAGACUGGUACUACCAGAUGCACUCCAGCCUGGUGUUCACCCCCAAAGCUGGAGAGAAGAUCUCCUGUGUGGUGGAGCACUCCAGCCUGAAGGAGCCCAAGGAGUUGGUCUGGGAGCCCUCCUCAGAGCCCUCCAUGUCCCAAGCUGAGAGGUAUAUGGUUGCCAUGGGAGUAGCAGAAAUGCUGAUGGGGCUGAGUCUGGCUGCUGCCGGCUUCAUCUACUACAAGACAAAGUCCACAGGGCGGAUCUCGGCAACCAAGACCAGCAUGGACAAAGGUUUUCAUCAGAUGAAUAUGGAUAGCAACUUCCUGCUUUGGCUAUUGAGUUCUUACAGAUCUUUCUCAGUACACUGUGAUUCAAAGACCCCGGUGAAGAAAUCCAUCCUGAAUACCGUGUGCAGUGACCAUUAAGUUUGCUACCUGGUGUGAAUUAUACAAUAUGUCCUCUCACCACACUCACUGUUUAGAAUCUAUAAUAGUGCCCAGAUGCUUACUGUAUACUCCUCCAGAGCGAAAAGUAUUUACACAAUUAAUUACUUUUGAUUGCACAAGUGGCCAACUCCAGGCCUGUAGCCGUGUUCAUUAUUUGAGGUCACUCCAUAUUUUCAAUAUUUAUAUAUUUUUAAUUGGGCUGUGAACAUUUUAUUGUAUAUUUUUAUUUUGCUUAGACCUGUUAUUAGGAUGUUCCAGUACCGCCCCCCCAACAUCCCCUCAACAUUCUUGAUCAUUUUUAUACAUCGGUUUGUUAUGUAGCAAAGUCAUAUUAUAAAUCAUUUGAAAGUUUGGACUCUUGGGAAUCAAUACAUGACCAUCUUUGAAAUGUAAAAUAUGUGUAGUGUCUUAAUCUUACUUUUUCUCAAUAAAAUGUAAUCAAACA